UAGACAUAAAGGAGAAUAAAGUAUUGCCCUGGCCACCGCCGGUAGGACAACUUACGGGGACGGAAGAACCCCUAGAUCCAGAAGCACAGUUCGAAGCCCCUGAGUGGGACCGGAUCUCUUCCUCUUCCUCCUCCUCAGCCCCCAAAGAGCACCGGCCACGUCCGCCGAAGCACCUGACCGGCUCUGCCAAGUUUGGCCAGUCGCAGAGCCCCGAGUCUGGCGUUCCCCUGGCUGAGCGCAUCGACCUGUCGCUGCCCCUGGAGAGUCAGGCGUGGUUUCAUGGCCCCAUCAGCCGAGCUGAAGCCGAGACACUCCUGACGCUGUGCAGGGAAGGCAGUUACCUGGUUCGGAGCAGCAAGGCCAGCCACAGCGAGUAUUCCCUCUCGCUCAGGAGCAGCCAAAGUUUCAUGCACAUGAAGUUCGCCCGGACGAAGGAGAACAGGUACAUCUUGGGCCAAAACAGCGCCCCCUUCGAGAGCAUCCCAGAGGUCAUCCAUCACUACGCCACUCAAGAGCUGCCCAUCAAAGGGGCCGAGCAUCUUUCCUUGCUGCAUCCCGUGGCAGUUCAGACUGCGUGA